UCCCUGUGUGUAUUGUGUUUAGUUAGAAGGAAUGAGAAGAACUAUGUCUUGUCAAAUAAGGAGGCCAAGUUCAAACCAGGUCCUGAAUGAAUUGGUCAGAUUAAAGGCUGUCUGUUUGAGUGAGUGUGGGAAGAGUCACAUUUCAGUCUUCUACCAAAGACCUUGCUCUGGUGCACUGAAGGAACCCAUCAUCACUACUAGCACAGUUCUCUGACUUAUAACUUGAUUUCUAUUCUAGGGAUAAGGAAGAUCACUGAAGUCUUUCACACUAGCAGAGAAUUCAUCUCUGACAAAGAGUUCCCUGACUGACUGCUCAGGAGAUGUGAAGAGGCUUGAAUGGAUUCGGAGAAGCCAGCCUCUUUUCCACAUAUACUUUUCUGGCAAUUUGCAAAAAGGAAGAAGACUUCACUUUGGUUCACAGUCUCUCUACUGGUGGUGUCCAUUUUCAUACUGACCAUAGGUCUGGCAGCUACAACAAGAACAGAAAAUGUUACUGUGGGAGGCUACUACCCAGGCAUCAUUCUUGGCUUUGGAUCUUUCCUAGGGAUUGUUGGCAUCCACCUGGUAGAGAACAGAAGACAAAUGUUAGUAGCCUCCAUCGUGUUUAUCAGCUUUGGCGUGGUAGCAGCAUUCUGUUGUGCAAUAGUUGAUGGAGUGUUUGCAGCACGGCAUAUAGAACCUAGACCUUUGUAUAACAGAAGAUGCCAGUUUUAUUCAAGUGGAGUAGGAUUCCUAUAUGAUGCCUACCAAACAGAGGUGACAUGUUACACCUUAAACACCAAGUGCCAGCUGAAAGUAAAGAGUAACACGUGCUAUUGCUGUGACCUGUACAACUGUGAGAACUCAGAGCAGUCCUCCAGCUACUAUGAAUUUCUUGGCGUGAGCAGCUGUCAGGAUGUGGUUCACCUGUAUAGGCUGCUGUGGUCCUCCACAGUCCUGAACAUCAUCGGGUUGUUUCUGGGGAUCAUCACAGCAGCCAUUCUUGGAGCAUUUAAAGACAUGGUACCUAUGUCCCAAAUUGCUUUCAGUGCCGCACCACCUCCUCAGAUCCUGUACAACCCUACCCAGCAGAUCCUGACAUAUGCUGGAUUUUGUCCUUCUGCAGCAACAAUUUCUACAUAUCCAUCCUACCCGUUGCCCCUUCAGCCUGCCAGCAAUUUUCCAGGAAAAUCAUCUACUGACAUUUCUUUAUCAGAAGAUACUCAGCCUCCCUCUCAGUCCAGCUCCAGCUACGGUCUUCCCCCCAAUGCUCCACCCCUCUAUGCACCGACUUACUUCUUGCCUGGAGAAAAGCCUCCACCAUAUGCACCAUAGGACCAAGUAUUUAUUUGAGGUAGUUAGCAGGUAUUGUUUUUAAGAAACCUUUGGAAGCCCUGUGCUGUGCAGGCACUAGACUUUCCAAGAAACCCACUACAGAGUGUGUUACAGACACUCAGCUUUUAGGCACAUCUCACUAAGCAGAGCAGAAACCUGGAAAUGUCAGGGCAGGCUCAUCACCAGUGGGGUGACAGGUCACCACCCAGUCUGCCUGAGGUCAAAUGCAGUACUGCUUUCUACUUACAAUGAGUUUUUUCCUUCUCCCUAUACUGCAGAAUGGUUUUCUUCCAGAGGAGAAUUGAAGAAAACACUCUGCAUAUGUACUCUGCUUUCAUAAACCAAUAUAGAAGGGUUUUAGUCUGUGUUGUCUGAAUGAGUAUUCUGGAGCCCUAUGAGUCAAUUGCUUUGGGUAGAAAGAGCCUAGGUGUUUGUUUGCUUGUGGUAUUUAUUUAAGAACCCUCUUUGGUGAAAGUGUUGUACCAAUAAAAAAAGUGUGUCAAUUAUUUUCCAAUAAAAUUGACUGUGUAUAUUUAUGCUGUA